AAACGAGGAUAUAUAUGUAUUUUAAUUAAUUAAUUAAAUCUGAAUAUGAAUAUAAUCGCUCCACGCCAAAUACCAGACUACAUUAUAUAUAUACACACCUAUCGACCACACACUCACACACUACAACAACAUAUAAUAUCUUCUCCCCUCGAAGAGAAGAGAAGAGAAGAAGACAGACAUCAUUAUGUCUCCAAGAAACGACGUCGCUGCGGCAGCCAUGAACGGAGUGGAGCUGGUGGCCAGCUGGCUUACGCCGACCGUUCUCUUCUGCGUACUCAACCUGAUGAUCGGCGCCAUUUUCUUCCUCAAACCGCCGCAGCAGAGAAAUGACCAACACCAGCCCAAGCCGCGGCUCGUCCGAGUUUCGUCGUUUCUCGAGCGGGUCAAGGCCUACAACCUAUCCACUUACCAGUCCCCGCAGCCCGACCCGGCGGCGCCUCAGACCACUACCAAGCCCGAUAACCUAGAUAGUUACCGCUCCCUGCAGCCUCAACCGGCGGCGCGUGAGCUGGAAGUGCCCCAUCACGCCAGAAGCAAGUCCGAUGCCAUGGAUAACGCCAUGAACCUAUCCAAUUACGAGGCUCCGCAGAGCGAACCGGCGGCGCGUGAGCACGUGGAUUCCCAUCACGUGGGGAGGAGCAAGCCUGAGUCGAUGGAGAAUGCCUUUAAAUUUCCCAGUUACCAUUCUCCGCAGCGCGAACCGGAGGCGCGUGUGGAAGAUCCGCAUCACGCGCCUGAUGCGGUAGCGAAUGCGUUCGACUUUGCCAUGUACGAGUCUCAGCGGCCCGAAGCGGAGGAGGAGGAGCCCCAUCACGUGACGAGAACGACGUCGGAUGCAGUGGUGAAGGCGGCGCCGGCGGCGAGGGCGCUGAAGAAGUCGUUGAGCGAGAAGAUCUCGAUGGUGGAGGAGGAGGAGGAGGAUGAGGAGCGGUGGAGGCCGUCGACGGUGAGGGAGAGGACGGCGGAAGACGAGGAGGUGGAUGGGAAGGCCGACGACUUCAUCAACAAAUUCAGGCAACAGCUCAAGUUGCAGAGGAUGGACUCCAAUUUGAGGUAUGACGAAAUGCUCAAUAGAGGGACCGGCAGGUGGAGAUGAUGAUGAUGAUCAUGAUCAUCCUCCUACUUCAAUUUACGUUUAUGCCCUCCGUUUUGUGCGUCUUUAGAUACCCUCUUGUGGAGGGGUGAUUUGGGCAUUUCACAUCACGGUUUGCAUAACUAAAACUUGGUCAGCAAUUAAAUUAGUUGCUGUUCUAAAUAUUGCUAUCUAGUUUAGGCUUAUUAUCAUGUUGUUAAAUGGUGUAUUUUACAAUUUACAAUUGGUCAUUGAUGGUCUACAAUCUUACUAGUAGAUUUUUACUCUCUCUAGUUA